AUGAGAUCAGACGAUGGUUGGGAAGCCUUUUUUGAUAGGGUUGUUGAGUUCUGUGUAAAUCAUUUCAUUGAUAUUCCAGGUCUGGGGGAAACUUACAUUAUGCGUGGUGGUCGUGCUCGUCGCCAACCAGAUCGUUUUACUAAGGAACAUUAUUUCCGGGUGGAAGUAUUUCGUGCAACACUUGAUACUCAGCUACAUGAAUUAGAAUUCAGGUUCAAUGACAAGGUACUGGAUCUUUUGACCACAAGUGCUACUCUGAUCCCCAAAAAUAAAUUCAGAUCUUUCAAAGCUGAUGAUAUUUGCGAGUUGGUGAAGAAAUAUUAUCCAACAGAUUUCACUCAACAGGAAAUCUAUGGAUUGGAGCAACAACUAAAACACUUUGUUGUGGACGCCUCCAAUGAUAAAGAGUUGAAAAAUGUGUCAACCUUAACAAAUCUUUGUCGAUAUCUCUUUGAGACAGGGAGGCAUUCUAUCUACAAUUUGGUUGAUCGAUUGUUGCGAUUGCUUCUAACUCUUCUAGUUUCUACAACAAGUGCCGAGCGAGAAUUCUCUACUUUGAAGAUCAUCAAGACAAGGCUACGUAAUACUAUGGAAGAUGAUUAUCUAGCCAAUAGCUUGCUAGUAAACAUAGAGAGUGAAAUUGUGGAGAAGUACAGCUAUGAAGAUGUUCUUGUGCACUUUAAGGGUGUAAAGAAACGAAGGGCUGGUCUCUAG